AGCCACAACAUCCACAGCAGCCGGAGGAAAGAGGCCGAGAGACUCCGACGGACUGCAGGAGGACCCGACGGGAGGGAUGACCGACCGCCGCUAGAGAGGAUGAGAGCCCCGACCGUGACCGCCUGCCUCCUGCUGCUGUGUGGGCUGCAGGGGGGCCGGGUGGCGUCCAUCUGCCCCACCGUGUGCACCUGCACCCGGGGACACCGCGUGGUGGACUGCUCCUCCCGAGGCCUGACCAAGCUGCCGCCCGGGCUGCAGCACAACAUCAACUUUGUCAACCUCUCGUUCAACAGCCUGCAGGGUCUGGAGAGCCAGCUCACCCACUACGCCCAUCUGAGGACCCUGGACCUGUCCUACAACCGCCUGGAGACGCUGCCCCCCGCCCUGCCGCGCUCGCUGUGGGACAUCCGGGCGGCGGGGAACCACCUGCGCUCGCUGGACAAGAACGACACGGCCUACCACUGGAACCUGAAGGUGCUGGACCUGUCGGACAACGAGCUGGAGAGGGUGGUGUUCAUCAACAACACGCUGCCGAGCCUCCGGGCCCUCAACCUCAGCCACAACCGCUUCUGGACCGUGCCCACCAACAUGCCGCACAACCUGGAGAGCGUCGAUCUGUCGCACAACUACCUGGUGCAGAUCCUGCCGGGCUCGCUGGACCGGCUGCCGAGGCUGGCUCUGUUCUACCUGCACGCCAACCGCUUCUCCUGGUUGCCGGACGGGGUGUUCGAGAAGCUGGCGGCGCUGGAGGUGAUGACGCUCGGGGACAACCCCUGGGCUUGCGAGGAAGAGGAGAACAUCACGAAGCUCCUGACGUGGGCUGGGCAAACCCGUGCCACCGUCUUGGGCUGCCCCUGUUACACCAAACCUGUCUGUGGGCGCCAGGCGACGCCGGGAAGGGAGCGGCACUCGGCGCUGUUCACGGAGCCGCCGCUCUGGGUUGACGGUCCGUCUCCUGGUCACCAGGCCAAUUGGGCCCUCUUCGAGACGGGGGAGGAUCAGGACCGCCGGGGAGCGAACGACUCGGGGGACCGCGAGUCGUUCGGGUGGGCGCCUCCCACCGACUCAGGCAGCUUCUCCACACGACCGCCUUCUACCGAGCAGCCCCGAGCGCCGACUUCCAGGAACAAGAGUCACGGACUCCUCAGUAACACUCAGACGGUCCCGCUGGUGAUUUUAGUCCUGACGGUGUUCAACACCUUCUGAACCACAAGUACUGGAUCCAGAAGCUACUGGAAACUCCACGUAGCUCAUUCAUUUUCAUUUCUCUGACUGUUACUGCCUUCAUCAAGUGUAUCUUCAUGUUUUAAUGUCUCUGAAGUGUAUAAGACUAAACUACUAAAUAUCUGAACACAUGGUUGAAGAGGAGUCUAUGCAGGAUGUCCAAAAUACAUGACAUCACAUCCACCGUGUGGGCGAGCAGUGAGGUCCAGAAGACUGAAUGAACGGCUGCUUUAGUGGAAGUGGGACCCUCUGGGACUGGUUGGAGGUGUCCCAGUACUACACAAUGAAUCCAACGGGAUCUCACGCAGCAAUGAAUCCCAUAAUCCCAUGAAAACAGUAGUUUCAGCAUCAGAUCAAAUUGACAGCAGGCGGUGACCUCCGGACCGCCGAAGGAAAAGAACUUAGUGGAUCCUGAAGUCAAAGUAUUCAACUAAACCAGACCUGAACCAGGACUGCAGGACUAUUUGUGGCAUGAAAGAGAAACUGAACUCAAACUGAACUCCACCCCUCAGUGUUCAACCGUCUAUUUUCUAUCAAUCUCAAAAGAUCAAAAACUACCAACUAUGUACAAAAUGUCAUUAAAGUGAGUUUCAAACCCUCCAGACAGACUGUUGACUGAACAGAGAUUCCACAUUUUUAAAAAACACACGAAGAACAAAGCGAUUGAUUAUUAACACAAACAAAAUAAAGACAGAUGAUCGGGAAGAAUGACAGUUCAGUGGAUCAGAUUUUUUAGUACGUUUGCCUCAAUCAGAGAUCCGUUAACGCGAGUCAGCUAAUUGAUGUUACACAUAACAUCCUGUUUGAAAUGUACCAAAUGUACCAAAUGUGUCCGAUAUCGCAAUCAAUACAGCUGAUGACACAGCUCAGAUCAGCUGGUGAGAGAAGGUCCUGAAUAACUUCAGCCUCAGCUUUAAGGGGCAUCAGAUUUGUGUUUUUGGUCGGUCUACAUUACGCACAUCAACCCACAACCUAUACAAAUAUAUAGCAGCUAUAAAUAUAUAGCAGCUAUAAAUAUAUAGCAGCUCAAACGGGUCCUAAAAAGCUGGGUUGAAGCGUAAAAUGGAGUGAAAUGGUGAAUGGACUUUUACUUGUAUCGAGCUUUUCUAGUCUCAGCACUACAGUCACACCAGGAUGGAACAGCUACCAUUCAAAGGUGCCACCAUUGGGUCCAGCUACCAUUCAAAGGUGCCACCAUUGGGUCCAGCUACCAUUCAAAGGUGCCACCAUUGGGUCCAGCUACCAUUCAAAGGUGCCACCAUUGGGUCCAGCUACCAUUCAAAGGUGCCACCAUUGGGUCCAGCUACCAUUCAAAGGUGCCACCAUUGGGUCUUAAAUAUUCAUUCACACCAACGGGAGUCAGAACCACGCCUGUGAUUCAGCACCACUGAAAGGAACCGGGCGAUAAGGCGGUCCUACCUGCGGGCCACGUAGUAGAACACAGGGUUGCCGGUCUUGGAGGUUCCUGCCUGGUAGAAGAUGUUGAGGGUC